UCUCUCGCUCUUUCACUAAAUUUGUCUAAAAAUAUUUCACUUUUAAUUUCUUCAAUUCCCCAAUCAAUUCCAUUUUUUUCUCUUCUAACACAUAUAUAUAUGAUAUGAAGAGAACCAAAUCGUUUCUACCGUCCCCGCUGUAUGGAAAUGUGAUCACUGUUCUUAGCAUCGACGGUGGUGGAGUAAGAGGAAUUAUUCCGGCGACUAUCCUUGCCUUCUUAGAAUCUGAGCUUCAGAAAGUGGAGGAUGACAAGAAUGCUAGAAUUGCAGACUAUUUUGAUGUAAUUGCGGGAACAAGCACAGGUGGACUCAUUACUGCCAUGAUUACAGCCCCAGACCAAAACAAAAGGCCAUUAUUUGCUGCCAAAGAUAUCAUCGACUUCUACCUCCAACACUGUCCUCUUAUCUUUCCUCAACAUCAUACCAGGCAUAAGCAUACAGGUCAUCUUAUUAGUAAGGUUAAGUCUCUGACUGGACCAAAAUACGACGGGAAGUAUUUGCAUAAUCUGCUGAGAGAAAAAUUAGGUGAUGUGAGGUUGAACCAAACGCUUGCUAAUGUCAUAAUUCCAACAUUUGACAUCAACCGUCUCCAACCUACUGUCUUCUCUACCUAUGAGGGAAAAAGGAACUCCAGCCUAAAUGCUUUGUUGUCAGAUGUAUGUAUUGGAACCUCAGCUGCUCCAACCUAUCUCCCACCUCAUUCUUUUGAAACCAAAGCCUCCAAUGGUCAAGUUAAAGAAUUCCAUCUCAUUGAUGGUGGUGUUGUGGCCAAUAAUCCGGCUUUGGUUGCUAUAAAUGAAGUGUCGAAAGAAAUUCACCAAAAUAAUCCUGACUUCUUUCAAAUAAAGCCGAUGGAGUUCGGCCGUUUCUUGGUUCUAUCGAUAGGAACUGGUUCGGUAAAAAUAGAGGACAAAUAUAGAGCUGAUGAGGCUGCAAAAUGGGGUCUGUUGGGAUGGUUGAAAAGUCACAACUCUGUUCCCUUGCUUGAUAUUUUUACUCAAGCUAGUAGUGACAUGACUGAUUUAUUUCUCUCUACUGUUUUUCAAGCUCUCAACUCCGACAAAAACUACCUUCGAAUCCAGGAUGACACAUUAAGUGAUAAAGAAUCUUCGGUGGAUAUUGCUACUAAAGAAAACCUAAACAACCUUGUGGGAAUUGGAGAAAAGCUGUUGAAGAAACCUGUUUCAAUGGUUAACUUAGAAACUGGUAUCUAUUCUCCUAAACAUGGAACUACGACAAAUGGAGAAGCUCUUACACGUUUUGCUGAAAUGCUUUCCCUGGAGAGAAAGACUCGUGAAAGUAGACCAACUAUAGAAGAGGCAAAGACUACCGUUACUGUAGAAGUUUCUAUUCCACGAGAUAAUAGAUAUAAUCUGGAAGUUGGUGCUCAUCAGGGCUCAAAAUCAUUCCCCCCCAGCUGUUAUAAUAAGAAUCAUCAUCAAUCACAGUCUCAACAAUCAUCAUCAUCAUCAUCAUCAUCAGUUUCAAUGAGCGAGUUCAAUGUAAUGGUAGAAAAAAUGGUCACGCUUAUCAAGUCUUAUGAAGCAGACUUUAGGAAUGCGCCUCCUAAUAAUUCUCAAAGGCAUGCAACUAUCCAAGAACUGAUACAGAUUAUGCUUAGCACUAGGCUACCACAACCUCAGCCAUUGUCAUUUAGAGACUUUAUACAUGAUCAGGACAACGGCGAUCGAUGACAGUACUACCAACCUAAGAUAGCUAGAGUGUCGUAGUAAGAUAUAUUGUCUUUCAUAAUAUUUUAGAUAUAUAUAUAUCUAAAAUAAUCACUUAUUUCUAGUAUUUUCAUUUGACAAUAUUAGUAAAUAAGUAUGUGCUUUAAGGAUAUUAUUAUUUAUUUGUGAUAAAUAUUAUUUAGGAUGCGUUUGGAAAUAAAGUCACUCUGUAAUUGGAAUUGAGUGUAAUUCGGGGUAAUCGCUCAAUAUGACAUGUUUGUGGUCUCAA